AGGAGACAAGGAGGACAGGAGAAGAGAAUCAAGUGAGUGGGGGGAGAGAGAUAGUGAUUGAGCCUGGAGUGAGAACGAGAAUGAGAGCAUGAUGGGGGUGGGAGAAGAGAGAAGGACAGAGAAAGAGUGGGAGGAGGGGAAGGAGGAGGAGGGGAAGGAGGCGGAGGAGGAGGAGGGAAAAUGAGUCUGGCUGUAGUCCGUGUUAGCAGCAGGGGAGGUGCGGGAAUCAGCAGGGGAGAGGGAGGAUCAGUGAGUGGCACGUGGAGAGGCAGUGUUUCAUGAAGCCCAGGAGAGACACAGAGCCUCCCACUGAAACACAGACGGAGAGAGAGAAAGCGACAGAAAAAAAACAGACAUUGUGAAAUACACAGAAAGAGAAAGGGAGGGAAAGUGAAAGACAGAUAUACAGUAAGAGAGGUAGAGAAAGAGACAGAAAGAGAGAGACAAGGAGGAAGUACAGAAAGAGUGAGGGGGGGGAGAAUAUAUUGCCUGCGGAAGGAGAACAACACAGAAAAAGACAGGAGGAGGGACAGAGAGAGAGAGAGAGAGAGAGAGAGAGAGAGCUUCUUUCUCAUUAGCCGGGGUAAAUCGUGCCUGCAGCUCUCCAACAGCGGCACAUGAUAGCUGACACACACACACACACACACACACAUUGACACACUCAUGCAGACGCACACACACCCUCACACUCGUUCUCACUCACACACUUCUGACUUUCUGGAAUGCGUUUGCUGUCUGAGAGAGUGGCGGGGCCAGGCAGCCAGAACUGAUUCACCGUUGCUCGGUGUUAACAGAAAAUAGAAAGCUUCACUCGGCAGCUUCAUAGGGGCAGUGGCAACUUACCACACACACACACACACACACACACACACACACACACACACACACACCCCAUUCAGGGCUUCCAAGUAUCCCUGAGAGGCAGAGGGCAGUGCUGGACGGAUGGUCGUGCUGCGAAAAGGAUCUCUCCUCUCCUCUGGUGAUGAUGAUGAGAGAAACACAGACCAGGCGGAUCAAGUUGGAUCACUGACACUUGGAGAGCGGGCUGACAGAGUGUGCGUGCGUACGACCUAGUGCUUUUGAGUGUGUGUGUGUGCACACACGCGUGUGUAUGACAGAGAGCUUGGACGUCGGUGUGAUGAUGCUGCCGAUCGUUUUACUCCUGCUUGUUGCCUCGGGAUGGAACCCGACACAGGCGACAAAGAGCGUCCACCCCAGGCUACGACUCACCUACAAAGAGCUAUGUGAAAUGAACAGAACAUGGGUGUUCCAGGCCCCUGACGGAACCCUGCAGAAGCCCACCAUGCUGCUGGACGAGUCCAAGGAGAGGCUCUUCAUUGGGGGCAGAAAUGUCCUCUUCUCUCUCAGCCUGGAGAGGGUCAAUGUCAACCACAGCGAGAUCCAUUGGGCCGUGUCUGAUGAUCAAGUGGAGGUGUGCUUGAAGAAGGGACGGGAGAAGUCGGAGUGUGCCAACUACAUAAAACUGGUGCAGCAGUACGACGACACCCACCUGCUGGCCUGCGGGACUGGAGCUUUUAACCCUAUGUGCACCCACUUGAAGAAAGGACACUGGAACGAGGAUGUGGAUGUGGAAACAACAGAGAGUGGCAGAGGACGAAGCCCGUAUGACCCUAACAGCCCCAUCACCGCCACCAGCUCCCGGGGACAGCUCUACGUUGGCCUGUACACCGAUUACUUCGAGAAUGAUGCAGCCAUGUGUCGCCUGGGCAACCAAAGUUACACGAGGACAGAGACUUAUGACCGACAACAAAUGAAUGAACCAAAGUUUAUUGGCUCAGCCGUGAUUCCGGACAAUGACGACCCGGCGGACGAUAAGGUGUACUUCUUCUUCACGGAGCGGGUGUCUGACGUGGAGGGAGGGGGCAAGGCUGUGCACACCAGAGUGGCCCGAGUCUGUGCUAAUGAUGAGGGGGGCCAGAGGAUGCAGGUGAAAAGGUGGAGUUCUUUCCUGAAAACGCGUCUCAUCUGCUCCGUCUCAGGACCCAAUGGCAUCGACACUCAUUUCGAUGAGCUCGAGGAUGUGUUUGUUCUGACGAAAAAGGAUAACAAGAAUCCAGAGAUUUUUGGGCUGUUCAGUACCACAAGUAAUGUGUUUAAGGGCUAUGCGGUAUGCGUGUACAGUAUGGAGGACAUCCGGGCGGCCUUCAACGGGCCCUUUGCCCACCGUGAGCAGGCUGGGCACCACUGGACCAUGUACGAGGGCAAAGUGCCUUUCCCUAGGCCUGGAUCGUGUGCCAGUAAGAUAAAUGGAGGGCAGUUCUCCAGUUCUAAGGACUUUCCAGACGAGGUUCUGCGUUUUGUGCGUACCCACCCACUGAUGUUUAACGCGGUGCGGCCUCGUCAGGACCGGCCCAUCCUGCUGGAGACCGGCGGCCGCAACUUCACCCAGCUGGCCGUGGACCAUGUGGAGGCAGAGGACGGACACUAUAACGUGCUCUACAUCGGCACUGAUAAAUCUGUUGUGCUGAAAUACAUCACUAUCUACAACAAAGAGUCUGACACCAUGGAGGAGGUGCUCCUGGAGGAGCUGCAAGUGUUUAAAGAGCUGGUGCCAGUGACGGAGAUCUUGAUCUCCACUAAAAGGCAACAGCUGUACGUGGGGUCGGAGGUCGGCGUGGCACAGACGCGCCUGCACCAGUGUGACCUUUACGGCUCAGCGUGUGCGGACUGCUGCCUGGCACGUGACCCCUACUGUGCCUGGGAUGGGGUCACCUGCUCACGAUACUACCCUGCUGGUCACUACACCAAGAGCCGGCGAUUCAGGAGGCAGGACAUCAAACAUGGCAAUGCUGUUCAGCAGUGUAAUGGGCUUCAGAUCACUGAGGACCACAGAGGCAGAGCUGCGGAGAAGCUGGUAUAUGGGGUGGAGAAUAACAGCACUCUGCUGGAGUGCAGCCCCAGAUCCCUGCAGGCCAGACUCCUUUGGUUUCUGCUGAGAGGAACUGACAUGGAGGAGAUCCCUGGGGAUGAGCGGGUGGUGAGGACCAGCCACGGGCUCCUGUUCCUGCGUGUGCGCAGGGCCGACGCCGGCACCUACCUCUGCCAGUCGGUGGAGCACGGCUUCGUGCAGCCGCUGGCCCGCAUCACCCUGGAGGUGCUGGAGGAGGAGCGUCUGGAGGGGCUCUUGCACAGAGGAGGCGGCGGCGGCGAAGGGAAAGAGGAGAGGGAGGAUGUGAGCGACGGCGGUGGCCCUAUGUACAGGUCAUCCGCGGCCCUGCCCUGUCCCUUCCCCAGCCUCCCCAGCCUCCCCACGGGGCCGGCCACCUCCAAGCUGUGGUACAAGGAGUUUCUCCAGCUCAUCGGCUACAGCAACUUCCAGCGCGUGGAGCAGUACUGCGAGCGCGUGUGGUGCUCGGCCUCGGACAAGAAGAAGAAGAAGAUGAAGGCGCUGGCACCCAAGUGGAGGUUCCCCCAGGGUGCCGAGCGGCGUGCGAAACAGCGGGCACCGCGGCACACUCCAGAUUAGAGUGAUUUAAAAGCAAAGGGAGGCCGAGAAGGAG